CACUCCGUCACCAUCCUGGAAUUACAAUAUUCGUAAUGUCUUGUGGUGUUAUUGUUGAACAGCUAUGCUAUGUCUACGUGACUUCAAAUAAUAUGAAAACAUGUUUUAUUCUUUACUAUAUUAUUAUUUAGGUACAUAAAAUUACCAACAUCGUCAUCCUACACAUUGCAUCAUGCAUGUUCAUAAACAAGAGUUUUUGUCAUCAUAACUAGUUGAUUUUGAAGUUCUAAAUCUUCGUAGGCGAGGUCGUUUUGGAAGCAUUACUUAAAUAUGGUCUAACUUUUAAUGUCACCACUAAACUUAUCUUGUCCUUCCUGCCUUGAAUAGAAUAUUAUUACACGAGCUUUGAUUUUAUCUGACAGCAAAAAAUGCUGAUUUUUGCCAAAUAGAAAUAUUUAGCAAAAGGAUCAGCAUCAUUUGUCCACGGACUUAGCGUGGGUGCGUGGUGCACGGAUCGAGCGAUUGUUUCAUCUAGCGCCCCCGCGCCGAUUAGUGGCGACGCGCACUCGCCCGCCCGCCCGGCCAAGUGUCGCUCGUCUGUGCCUUACCUUACACCGCCCAGCUUUAGUCUCCAGGAUCACUUUGCAGGACACGCUGCCUCUGUAUUCGAUUCACAUUGAAUGUCAGAAGGCGACGUGUCGUUGAUCCGCGACGAAGAUUUACUGCGCCGCAUGUGGCAGCAGACUGAAGACUUCUCUCGCAAGAAAGAGAUCCGAGCGCACAUGUACCGACUGCGGGAGGAACGGCUGCGGGACCUGUACUCGCCCGAACCCACCAGAGAUGGGAAAGGUAGUGAGUUCAGUGCUGCGCAGGGCCACGUCAAGUCAUUCGCGGACCAGACCUUCCAGUCAAUGAAGAGCAAGGAGGUCCGUGACGCUGGCUCCCCACCCAAGGAAUUCACGUACCGCGGCCAAGAUCUGAAGGCGCUGUCGAACGCCGGCUGGAAUGUGGAGUCGGAGAACAAGACAACAGACGACGGGCACACGCAUGUCAAGUCCGUGCACGCUAACAUCGAGGGCCGGUACGACGUGGACGGUGGCAAAGGCCAGUUUGCGGCCGUUGACCACCAUAAGGAAGCUGUGACGGAGUACCACGACGACCACAGCAGCCUGAAGCGGAACCAGACCUCGUCCAACACGGCGGCGCGCGAGUAUGUCGUGCGCAACACUGACGACGGGACUCAGAUUUCGUCCACCACCAGCUCUUCCACGUCUUCCUCCAAGUUCCAGCAGAUGUCUUCAACAAGACAUGACACUGUGCCAUAUUUGACUAACGACGACUAUGACCUACGAAGUUACGAUACUAACCGUAAUGAGGACGUGUCCUCUGUAACAAGAAGACAAAUUGUAAGAACUAAUGACUACGAUCAAAGCACGAAGAAUGAUUACGAACAAAAUGUGAGAAAUAACGAGUACCAGCAGCAUGUUAACAGAAAUGAUUGCGAACAAACUAUCACGAAGAACAAUUAUGAGCAUAGCGUGAAGAAGAAUAACUACGAACAAAAUGUGAAUAGAAAUGAUUACGAGACCGGAGAGCUUGUAUCUAGAAAGAUCGACUACCCUGAUGACAACACCAGAGUGAUUGUAGAGACGCGGUGCCUGCCUGAUGGAACUCGUGUGACUAGCACCAAGAGAGAAUUUCGGGCACCGGUACAAAGCACGCGUUCUGAGCAAUCUUACCAAGUAAGGGAAAAUAAGUCCUAUUCCACUCAACACCGAUCUGAUGUCAAAGAAUCCUCGAAAACAACUCAACGCGUAACAGAUAACCGCGUUACUGACAUCGUGGAUUCGCAAAGGAAUGUCGAUGAUUAUGAUUUCAAAAAACAAAUUGCAGAUUACACAAAAGACGAUGAAACCUAUUCGGAUGUAAAACGUUACGAAACUAAAAUAAACAAAAAACUUGUGGAUCAUUCUAACGCUGACGACAACUACUCACAAACAACUCGUCACGUGACUAAAGUUACUCAAGAAGUUACUGAUAAUAAUGAUUACGUCCAACGCCAACAACGUACGAAUCAAACCCACCACCGCCAAUACGUUACCAACGACCAACGUGAAACAGUAACGCGUGAUACUAAAACUGAUAUGUCAACACCGCGUAGGGACCGUCCAGACACCCUGUCGCCACAAAAAGAACAUCCUGAGUCACUUACACCACGUCGUGAUCACCCUGAAACAACGAAACCACGUGAUGAUAAUCAAGAUACUAUAAAGCGUAAUGAUAAUCGUCCACUUCAACCAACAGAUUACAUACAUCAAACUAGAAACACUGAAGAGAAGAUCCAUCACAUUAAGAAAGAGAACAAAGUAGAAGAAACCGUAGAAAGGAAAACUAGCACUGAUCGUUACCAAACCACAUAUCAAACUGAUUUUCCUCAAAAGAAAAUCAGUAAUGAUUGGAGUCCUUCCCACCAGGCGUGGGCCAGCACACUGCGCGCUGAUACUCCUACUACUACACGACCAUCGACCCGGGCAUCAUCUCCGGGAAGUAAAACUUUUAAGUCAAGUACGUCGUCUUUAAGGAGCAGUGUAAGCCCUGAUAAAAUACCCAGAAAGCCAUCAAGCCGCGGUGGAAGUCCCAGCAAAAUUGAUAGGUCGUCACCUACUCGCACAGUGGUUGACAAAGAUUCAACAACACAUUCCACAUAUUCUGUAACUGAAAUUAAAACGCACAAAAACACGAUCUCUGAAGACAAAAGACCUCCAACUGGACGUUCUCCAACCAGGCCUGGUUAUAGCCCCGAGCGAAAACCUCAAGACCAUCGUCAGAGACCAAGCGUAAGCCCGGAUAAACGGCCUCAAAAUUUGUCUUUUAAACCCAGUGUUAGCCCAGAUAGGAAACCAACAUAUAGAGCAUCUCCCACUGAUAACUAUCCUAGAACCACGUCACCAUCUCGUCCACUGGAUCGUAAUGAAUCUCCAACGCGACCACGAGCGAGCCCUGAGAGGAAACCAUCUCAGAAAUCAACUCCAACUGAUAAAUAUCCUGGUGCCGGUUCACCAACCCGUCCUCUGGAUCGUGAUGAAUCUCCAACGCGACCACGAGCGAGCCCUGAGAGGAAACCAUCUCAGAAAUCAACUCCAACUGAUAAAUAUCCUGGUGCCGGUUCACCAACCCGUCCUCUGGAUCGUGGUGAAUCUCCAACGCGACCACGAGCGAGCCCUGAGAGGAAACCAUCUCAGAAAUCAACUCCAACUGAUAAAUAUCCUGGUGCCAGUUCACCAACCCGUCCUCUGGAUCGUGAUGAAUCUCCAACGCGACCACGAGCGAGCCCUGAGAGGAAACCAUCUCAGAAAUCAACUCCAACUGAUAAAUAUCCUGGUGCCGGUUCACCAACCCGUCCUCUGGAUCGUGGUGAAUCUCCAACGCGACCACGAGCGAGCCCUGAGAGGAAACCAUCUCAGAAAUCAACUCCAACUGAUAAAUAUCCUGGUGCCGGUUCACCAACCCGUCCUCUGGAUCGUAAUGAAUCUCCAACGCGACCACGAGCGAGCCCUGAGAGGAAACCAUCUCAGAAAUCAACUCCAACUGAUAAAUAUCCUGGUGCCGGUUCACCAACCCGUCCUCUGGAUCGUGAUGAAUCUCCAACGCGACCACGAGCGAGCCCUGAGAGGAAACCAUCUCAGAAAGCAACUCCAACUGAUAAAUAUCCUAGUGCCAGUUCACCAACCCGUCCUCUGGAUCGUGGUGAAUCUCCAACGCGAGCACGAGUGAGCCCUGAGAGGACACCGUCUCGUCCUCUGGGCGGCGGUCAGCCGGGCUCUACCUCCGAUUUGCCCAGAAAUACUUCACCUUCUCGGCCUCAUCCUUCGGAAAGUAAUGUAAGGCCUGAUAAGGUGAAAGAAAGUCCCGAUCGCAAACCUCAGUCAACCAGUCCUGCUAUUGAUGAUAUUUCACCUAAAAGAGGAAGUGUAAGUCCUGAUAGGAAACCGGGUUACAUGAGACCAACUUCUGCCAGUAGACCAUCAGACAACUUGAAAGGUAGAACAUCACCAACAAAACAAGUACCUUCACAAAGUCCAGAACGUAAGCCCCAAAAUAAUUCGAAGACGAUAACAAAAGUUCAAGAAGAUCAUUAUAAGUUUAUUGACGAGGAAACGAAAAUGUAUACUCGUACUGAAAAAACUGAAAUCCAUGAUUCAAAGCACUUGCCGUCACGUCCUGAACAACUGACACCUAAAGAGACACUCUCAAAAAAGAGUCCUACUAAAGACACUCCUGAAUUCAAUAUCGACUCACCGUUCAGGAAUAGAUCUCCUUCACCUAAGGACCAUGUCACGUCUACCAACCAAUAUAACCGAGUCGAUACAACAACAACAACAAAGGAAGAAACAACUACAAAGUAUCUGGCUUCGAAAGAUAAAGAUACUUCUACUGAUAAAAAAUCGCCUAGAGAUCCAUCUCCUCCAAAAUAUGGAACUUAUGAUAAGAAAAAACCAUAUGGUGAUGACGACACCGAGGUUAUUCGGAGUACAGUCGUUACAACUGAAGAUAACAAAUACGAUUCAUUGACACGUCGUGAGAAGUCUCCAAAGAAAACGCAGAGUCAGCCAAGUUCCCCAACAAAGAAGAUACCUCGCAAUAGUGUAUCUCCGGUAAAAUCUCCGACAAAAGAUUCAAAAUAUAAACAUACUACUGACUUUAUAUCUACAGAACAAAAGACCGAAGAGAUAAAUAAAACUGUCACUAAAGAACAUCCGAGGCGAUUGAUUACUCCAUCUUCGAGCCCUACUAGGAAACCUAAACAAACUGACACGGAGCCAUCAACUGGUCAAAGCUCUCCAACUACUUCAGUGAGUGGAUUUGUAUACUUCAGUUCUCCACGAAACGAAAAAACUGUUGUUACAGACUUAGAUGAUCAAGAAAUUUAUUCGGAAACGAACGUAGUAGAUAAAAUCAGUACUAUUUACAAGAGACCUGAAAGUCUCAGUGUGAAUAGACCUCAAUCUCCAACUAAGAUACCUUGUAGGUCACCUUCUCCGGAAAAGCGCGUGUCUCCGCCAAAGGAGUCUCUGCCAAGAAAAAGCUCCUUAAAGAAACCUACAACUGAAAUAACACAAGCGUCUCCAAUCGAAAAGCCACCAUCUAGUUUUAGUGUGUCACCAACGGAAGAUUCGAAAGAAUUCCCUGAUCAUAAAAUAGUGAAAAAAGACCAUCCAGAAACCCCUGAGUCUGACGCGCCCACUAGCAAACAAAAACCACCACUAGAACGCAGAGAAACAUAUGAAGAUCGCUGUCGCAAGAUCCUUGGUAUGAUGGAUGAUACCACUACAACUGUCACUACCAAGAAAACUUCUUACUUGAAGGAACCGGAAACAAACCUGAGUUCCCCUAGCUUUUCUCCUUGUCGUAGCCCUGCCCUAAAGGAAACUCCCUUCGAAUACCCAUCAGUAAAGAAAACGACUAAAACCAAAACCGAUGUGACUGAUUUCAUAACUCAGGAACAACAAAAUAUUGUUCAGAUGACUACUACCCAUGUUGACAAGUUAGUUGACAAAAAAACUAAAACGCCUAGAGACACCUCCCCAACCAAGCUUCAAGAUAUUAUAACUACAGAGAAAAAUGUUCUGAAGAGUGAUGUUACAAUUAAAGAUACGAAAGAAGUAAAAACACUUGGUACCAAAAAAGUUCUUUCUCCUAGACAAAGUCCUGAACGAAAAUCGCCGAUAUCGUUUGAUGAUAAUUCAGUAGUUCAUGAGACUACUACAACUAGAUUGAGUCCCGAUAGAAAACCGAGAUUCGAACCAACUACUAAGAAACCUGAAGAUAGACACCCGACUGACUCGAUUUCUGUAACUCAGGACUUCAUCGAAACCACAUCAACUGUUAGUACUAAAUAUGACAUUUCGUCUAAAGAAAAGAUACCAACUCGCUCCUCAGAGUCACCGACGAGAAAAAUUGUGUCAGAUAAACCAUCGAAACCCGGGCAACCAUCUGAUAAGAGCCCAGAACGCAAACCAAGCGUCCAUAAAAAUAUUCCAAACAAAACGAAUCCAGAUUAUAAGGAAUUCACAAAAGAAAAAUCACCUUCCAGACCUAAUUAUACAAAAACUACCAACUCUAUGGUAGUAGAAUACGACUCCACGUCUACCGUUGAGGAUUUAGAAGAGUUUUCAGAUUUACCUACACGUCAAACACCUAAGAUUAUAAAUGACACUCCAACAAAACAUCCUUCAUCCGUCCAUCCUUCUGAUAAAAGUCCAGACCGCAAAGUUAGUCACGAUAAACCUUCUAUCAGAGCAAGCCCUGAGAAAAAAUUAAAAGAAUCAUCUCCGUCUAGAACUAGCCAUAGGACAACUGUAACUUCUGUGACUGAGUACGACAGAACUUCAGCUGUGGAUUUGCAUGAAAAUGCGACUGACACAGUUAAAACAAAAAAAAGUCCACGUGAAACUGAAUCACCUACACGAAAGAGUCCGAAAUCUGCAAACGAUACUCCGUUACAUCCUACGUAUACAAAUCGCAGUCCAGAUAGGAAGUCAGACAGCCGAGAAAAGCCGUCAAGUCUUAGAUACAGCCCAGAGAAAAGCUAUGCUGAUAAAUAUCCAAGUGAUGACUCCCCGACAGAGCUUGAAAAAGUGCCCAGUUAUAUGAAAACUACCAAAUCUGUUACAUCAAAAUCUGAUGUUGUAUCAACGGAUAUAGAAAAAACUACAUCACUCAAAACAACAGAAAAACAUAUUUCACAUCGUUCACCAGGGUCACCUACUGGGAAGACUACUGAGCCAAAACAUUAUACACGUACUAGUUCGCCACCUAGAUCUACCGAACCUGCUGAUAGGAGUCCCCAGCGUAAACCAUCAAAAGAUGAAAUCACGCCCAAAAAAACAAUUCCUGAAAAGCAAGACUUUUAUAAAAAAGAACCAUCACCAACCAGAACAAAACCUAGUUCAGAAAAAAGACCUGGGUAUGUAAAGACAACUUCAUCUCACGUUCAUAAACCGAACACCUUGGCUAUGACUAAAGAUAUCACGGAAAGUCACACGACAGAGACUGUUGAACGAACGCGUCAUCCCCGACCGCUUUCACCAUCUAAGCAACCCACAGAUAACAAAUCAUACAAGAAAAAUGAAAGUCCUGAUCGCAAGCAGCGACACCCAGAACCGGCUGAUAGAAAACCUCGGGAAAAUUCUCCUUCUAAGCCAAGCCCGGAUACUCCUGGCUACAUGAGAAAAACCUCUGCCAGCAUUCGGAGAGUGUCGGAAGAUCAUGUGGAAACGUCUUCUAUUACAAUUGAUAGUGCAACAAUUAAACCUCACAAACAAUAUCCAAACAGCAUUCCCAGACAUGACGAUAUUUCAACUCGAGCUAGUCCUGAUAGACAUACAAGAGAAAGGAUUCCUAAGGAAACUUCUCCAGUAAGAAAACCAGUAAUACUUACGGAUGAAAAAGAUUCCAUUUACUUAGGCACCACAACCACCUCAAAAGAUAUUAAAAAGACUACUACGACACAAAUCACCGAAGAAGAUCAAUCUAUUCGACAACGUUCCAGCACUUCCCCUACGCGACAUGAUUCUAAGCCUUUGGAUAGUUCCAAGCCUACGCUUGAAAGUCCUAUCAAAGACUUGCCUAUCAACCGUAAUUCUGAUAUUUCAGUGAAUAAACCUUCUAUACCAAAAGGCAGCCCAACAAAAAUGUCGGAUCAUAAUACAACUCAGCAAAUUCCACAUCGUUCAAGCUCUAGUCCCGAUAGAAAACCAAGUCACAAGACAUCAUCUAACUUGAAAAUGACAUCUACUACAGAAGAGAUUAUUAUCACAAAUGUUGGAGAAAGGCCAAGAUCCACCGAAUCACCAACACGACAAACUUCUCAUGAACCAUCAAAAUUCCAACCUGGUCAUCUGCAACAACCCGAAGAACAAAGACAACUUCGUACGCCUUCACCAACAAAGAAAACCACCAAAGUUACAGACAUAAGUACAGACUUCAUUACGUCUGAGAAAGAACAGGAAAUUAUUGAUAGAGUCCAGAAAUCAAUCAGGACACUAUCACCAGAGCGCAAAGAACGGUCACCUAGCCGAGAGAAGAGCCUUGAUAAAACCACGACCAGCUUGCAAGAUAUUAAUAUAACUACACAUACAGAAACAGAUGAUGAAUCUGUAUCUGAGGACUUCACGGAAAUUACAGAGAACUGCACAGUCACAAAAAAAUAUACUCGUCCCGUAAAACCCCAAGAUGAAAAACCAAAAGAUCAGAAAGUGCCUACCAAACAAACAACUAGGACAGUUUCUCCUACUAAGAAACCGUCAGGACUCGCUACACCUUCUAAAGUAGACAAGAGCCCAGAUUCUCCAACCAAAACUAGAAGUGUUUCACCCAAAAAGCCUAUCUCUUCAACGGAAAGGCCGCAAUCACCACAGAUUUCAAAACCUAGUGGAAUUAAGCCGAAAGAACAGAUACCUUCGCAUUUGACUAGGAAACCAACUCCUGCUACUCUAAAUGUCAAUAAAGUAGACAAGACAGUGGCUGAAGUAAAGAAGACCACUAAUAUAAGUUCUGUUACAAAACAAAAUAGUUUCACUCGGACAACAAACGCAAGUAAAACUACAACAAAGUCUAUUCCAUCUCCAACAGGUCGUCCCAAUGAGCCCGAGACAAGGCGAGUUCCAACUCCGAAAGGCAUUAGAGAAAGCACAAUUCCGACUAGGAAAGAUAACGAUACAAAGGUUACGCGCACUAGCAGCGACCUCACUAUGAAGACAAAGAAAAUAUCACCUCAGAGGAUGAAGUCAAAACCAGAAAUACAAGUGAGUGAUAUGUCUACUAAAUCAACAUUAAAAACAACAAAAUCUAUUAAAGAACCACAUUCAAAACUGCCAACCAAACCUAAAUCAGCUACAACAUUAAAUACUUCUACUGAUGAAGAUGAUAUUAUUGUUGAUGUGGAGCAAUCCAAGUCAUCUCGAGAGAAUUCACCAGAUCGUAUCUGUCCUACACCGGUCAACUUUACAGAGGAUAUAGGUACUCCGCGUUAUCCUGACGAAGUAAGUGAGCCUGAUGAUGAAUUCCGCAGGAGAACACAUCACACAAUCCAUGAAGCUGAGUCUAUUGUUGAUGAUAUCGUUGAAAUUUGUGAAGAUGACGAACUGUUUGUAAGAAAAACCGACGUUGGCGUCUUCACAGAGGAAGACGAAAGUCUCCUUAGCGUCACAGACAAGGUCUCGAGGUUCACAAAAGGUGUUGAUACAAUAAACAAGUCAAAGGAUACUACCACUAUCUUCAAAGAGACUGAAAAAAGAGUUCAUUCUGAUUUUAUUGACGAUAAGUUGAAAUCUGAUGAGUGUUUGCUAUCAGUGUCAGAGAAAGUUAACAAGUUUGCCAAAGGACCAAAGGAUACAAGGGAGAGUAAGAGUCCAUCACGCAGGGUCACAGAUGAGUACGACAAAAAUACUGUGUAUCAAGAUGACUACACCAAACUUAGUGUACAUGACAAAGCACACUUGUUCGUAGAAACCGCAGAAAAUGUUAAGAUCCCGAAAGUUAAACCAACUCCUCAACGAGUAGAACGACCUGACUUGAGUAACGUUGAUGACUCCUUAAAGAGCGAUGACUGUUUGCUUAGCGUUUCUGACAAAGUCCAUAAAUUUGUUAAAACAGCUGAGCAAUUCUUGACUGAAUCGCAUGAGGUCGAAGAAAAGGAUAAAAAAAUUAAGGAACAACAUGAAAAGAUUAUGCGGAAAAUUGUUACAGAUGUUGAUGAUGACGAGCAAGAUAUAGAACGAACUAUAAUCACAGAAGAUAUGGAUGUAACUGACAAAAUAACACCAAAUCCUCGUGAUGAGAAAAUUAAGCAAAAAGAAACUACAUCAUCACUUCCAAAAAUUAAAGACUACAGCAACACAAACGUCAAGCCUAACGAAAGGACGCCUACAGUUAAAAUAACUACUCUCCGCAGUAGUGAAGCUGUGAAGAAAGCUAAGGCUUUGUUUGAAAAUAUUGCAACAACAACUCAAAAACCAAAAGAAACUUCUCAAGUUAAAACUACUAAGUUGACCGAUAUCGGUGUAUUAAAGAAAUCUCCAAAAACUGACUCCACUACUGUUUUACAUCCUGAGGCUGAGGAUGAAUCUCCUAAUAUAACUGAUUUAGACAUACAUCCACAGAAGGAUCGUCCAACUAGUGGUACCAUGACUCGACCACGUUAUCCUCAAUCAGAUGACGAUAAACCACGCAGCAGUCCAUCCCGUUUGAAUGCCCAAUCUCCAGACGUUCCAAGAUCUAAAUCUCCUAUGCGUCAGACUAUUGAAACCACAACCACUACCAAAACUGUCGUGUCUCGAUAUCCUGUCUCUCAGCGAGCUGAAUCUCCGAGACAACGUCCAGAGACUGAAAAGCCCGAUAAAAUUCCCGGAUAUCUUCGACCCACGAAGACCAGUCAAAUCAAAGAAGAGACGAAGGUGGUUGAGGAUACCGAAGUCAGCAGUCGACGUGGAAGUGGAAAGUUUGGUAUAGAGCUUCGAAGGACUAGUGUGGAAAGGUCGACAGCAAGCAGCGAGCGGCGACGCAGCGUCGAACACCCCUGCAUAGAAGAUAUCUUCGACCUGGACCUCCUGGAACAAAUGUUGGAAAAGGUCGUUGGUUACGAGCAGAGGCGACGCAUCAGAUCCCAGAUUCGCAUUGCUAAGAAGAAGCAAGAAUCUGAACACACUGAUACUAACACUUAUACUAAAACUACCAGACAGACUGUGACUACUCAAAAGCUUAGGUCUCCUGAGCGCCAAUACACGAGAUCACCAGAACGGAAGGCUCCAAAAGCUACACCACAUAAAGACACUUCUCCUGACCGCCACGCUAAAACACCUCAGAGGACUAUUCCGGAACGCACUCAGCCUAGGGAACAAGUGCAACCAGUACUUAACGGCCACUCAAAGGAACCAAACCAUGCUCUGAGUGACCGGCGCCCGAGACCACAUAGUCCAGAAAAACCCACUUCAAAGUCUGUACCAAAAUCUAAGAGUCCGGUCCGUCAACCCAGCCCAGACAAAAAGUCUCGAACCCGUUCUCCUAGCAAAACUGCUGCACCGAAACCAAAGCCAAACCGUUUCAAUGAGUAUGCAUCAGCUUACAUGAAGAAAGUGGGUCUGAGUGAAGCGGACAAGAUCAGAUUUGCCGAAGCAAAAUCAAAGAAGACAGCCGAAGAAAAGCAGCGUACAGUGAAACAUACAGAACACAAGGUUGUGGAAGAAUACUCGACUGCUAAGAGCUUCACAGACAAAGUUGCGUCUCACGAUGUGGUUGAGGUGAUCCAACUGAAUGGAACCAAUAAGAGGUCUCCGUCACCAGAGAAGCGACAGAGUCCUGAAAGGAAGGCAUACAGUCCAGAGCGAAUUUAUGAACGUACGCCAAGUCCUUCACAAAAGCAAAUAAAAUCAGAACCGGUUAAAAAAGAAACGAUCAUAAAAACUGUCUACGAAAUAGAGAAGAAAAUACCUCAAAAGCAAGUCCAAGAAGAAAAGCCGUCGUGGGUGACGAACAGGAACCUCAAGAAAAUUAGUUCGGAGACUAGAACAUUCAGUAGUAAAAAAAUCGAAGAGAAACCAAAAUACAGAGCACCCAGUCCUUCUAAAGUGAUCACGAAACCUAUCGACGUGAUCACGUCGAGCUACGGGCCGGGGCCGCUGGACGCGGACGGCAAACCGCUGUUUGGUAUCAGGGCGUUGAGGAACGGCGCUUCUAACUACCAAGUCAAGGGCACAGUGAUCCGGCAGGAGUAUCACUCCCGUAAUGGAGGUGAGCCUGAGGGAUCAGUCUCCGUGACGGCUUACUCCACGGAGCCCGAGGACCUGGAGCGUCUGCUGCAGGGUCAGGGGGAGCCUCCCUCUCGCAUCCACGGGCUCGCUGCCAUCACCACCACUAAGAAGUUCGGAGGAGACACCGGCACUACCUUGAAGGAAGCACACGGUAGGGAAGAUCGCGCCGCCAUAGACCAAUUCACUCACAGUGACCGCCGCGUCUCCGACACUAGGAUCGAAGACAUCACUGAGAGAAAUACUAACAGACGUGAAGAAAUCGUAGGAGAAACCAGACGCAUUGAGAGCAGAAGAGAGGAGAUCAUAGGAGAUAGGAGCAGACAGGCAAGAGAAGAAAUUAUAGACAGUUCUAAAGACAGGAGAGAGGAUAAGUCGGACAGGAUGCAACGACGAGUGGAGAAAGUAGAGAAGAAGGGAGAUAGUACGCAAGAGAGGCGGGAGAGGAUAGACAGGGCAGAUGACAAGAAGACCGUCAGGCAGAGCUCCGUGAAGUCACUCACAGAAAAAUACAUCAAGAGUGCCUAUGAGAGCAGCAAGGCAGAACGCACCACCUACCCGAAGGCGGGCCUGAUUCUGCGCACUUCCACCAUGAAGGACAGCGUCUCCAGCGACUCCUCAGCACACGCUGGUCUGACCCGCACAGACAGCGAGCACAGCCUGGGGUCCGUGGAGGACACGGUGGUGACGACGUCGGAGCGGGUGGACGGCGGGGUCCGGACGGUCACCACCACAACUCGCACCCAUGGCUCCACCACACACCACUCCCGGCCUGAGAAGUCCUUCCUCGACAGCAACACCAAGGUCACAGGAGUACAGGACAUACUCACCAGGAUGAAGAACGCUGAUAUAGUGAUCCAGGAGGGUGACACGACGGAGGAUACGGAGGCGCGCGCCCUGCUGAACAAGUUCCUCGGCGCCACCGUGCUGAUGGCUGGCAUGCAGAACUACGUCACGGAGAAACCCACCGGCAAGGUCGUCGUCAAACAGGAGACAGUCCGCACGAGCAGCAGUGGUGGCGGCAAAGUAACCAGCACUCAGACCAGGACUAUCGAGGACUUCGACGUAGACCAGUGCUGGGACGAGCGCCUGCUUAGGAAACUCUUGGACGAGUGCAACGACUACGAGCAACGUCGACGACUGCGCGCGCGCAUCCGCACCCUAAUGGCUGAACAAGAAGCAUGCGCGAGCGCCGUGACGGAGGCCCUGGCGGCGGCGGGCGAAGCUGAAGGUGCAGAAGGCGAUAGUCGUGAGGAAGAGGAAGUAACCGUGACAUCGAGCGUGAGGAGGAACUCAUCAGAGAAAACUGUUAGUAGUAGCACCACCACCGUUAAGACAUCUAAAGUGAUAGAGAGUAUGACCAGGCCGGCGCCCAAGCCCGUGUCGCCCUUCGCCAAGUUCCGGCAACUCGAAAAACAAAACUCAACAAACAGUCCCAAAAUGUGAAGCUGGAGAACUUCUCCACGAGUUGGGCGGACGGGCUGGCGUUCUGCGCGCUGGUGCACCACUUCCUGCCUGACGCCUUCGACUACUCCAAGCUCUCGCCUGAGAAACGCCGACACAACUUUACGCUCGCCUUCAAAAUUGCCGAUGAGAAGGCGGGCAUCUAUCCCCUGCUAGACGUGGACGAUAUGGUGACGAUGCGCAAACCGGACUGGAAGUGUGUGUUCACAUACGUGCAGUCCAUCUACCGCCGGUUCAAGGACCAGGACUGACCGUCACCCUGUUGCCCGGACGUAAGACGUAAACACCGUAUAUUGUCACUGCAAAGUACAAAUGUUGUGAAGCCUCGAGGGGUAAUUGAUUAGACUCCCUUGUGUCUAAGCUGGCGAUUAUUUUUAGAAGGCUUCAGUGAUUUAGUCGAGCGUAUCCUGUUAGCUGAAGUGAAGUGACAGUAGACGGUGUCCACGUCGCUGGGAGUCAGGCGCAGCGCCGAGUAGUAGAGCGCUGUAGUCACAAAUAGUACGUUACGAAGUGUGUUAUAUAAAUCCAAAGAGCGUAUGUUGUUGAUUUGUUCGUUUGUUAUAAAUGUUUAUAUGUCAGUGUCCGCCCAACUCGUAUCUCCAAGCGCUGUCUCGAUACAGUCCUCCUAUUUACUAUUAUCUCAAGAUGUGAUUUUUUUCUACGUUAGCUUGUAAGGUUGAACUAACAUUUAUAUAUCGAGCGACUACUGGUAGGUCAUAGCGUAGUACCGCACUGCUGAGGAUCGCUUGCACUUAUAUACCCACAUAAGAGAGUAGUAUCCUUGUUUAUCAGUGUACAUACUGUUUCACGAUUAUUUAACGUAUUUUAUGAAUUUGAUAUUAAUAAUAACAGCGGCUUCAUGUAUUCGCUACUGAUUUUAUGAAAUUUGA